CUCACCUGAUCCCCUCCCCCUUCCCUCUCCUCCGCCUCCGAUUGAGUGGCUCACCUUCUUCCCCACCCAGCAAUCCUUUCUCUCUCGAUCGAGAGAGAGAUUCCAGCUCGGUUCUCCUCCAGAGGUCCGUCGAGCAGACCAGCCUCCUCCGAGGACCGAAGCUCUCUCUGCCCAGGUCGUCGCCAGUCAAGGAACUGCUGCUGUUCUUGGCAGAUCUUGGCCGGAGAUCCGAACAAACUUGCGCGUUGGGGGGUUCGCCGGGGUUCCUUGCGCUGGAGGGAGGUUUCGUUCUCGCCGGCCAUGGUUUGGCUGGGAAGCACCAGCAGCACCGCCUUGAUGCCAAAUCUCUGAGCUUUAUGAAGAUCGCCACUCACCUGCGCCGCUCCUGCUUCCUCCACUCCUUCUCCGUUGUCUUCCUCUACUGGUUUUAUGUGAUCUCAUAACUUGCCCUCCCCCGGAUCCGCCAUUCCUUCCCCCGUUCUGCUCUCUCCCUUCUCCCACCCCCUUCGUCCUUCCUUGCUUUCCCGAAUAAUAAAUAGCAGUAGCUGCAGCAGCGGCAGCGGUAGAGGAUCUUUUUGGAGGUAAGCUUGAUGUCGUCGUCGUCGCUGUCUCCGGCGGGGACGGGGAGGACGUCCGGGUCGUCGGACGGCGACUCGGCGUCGGCGGCGGACACGCACCGGCGCGAGAAGCGGCGGCUGUCGAACCGCGAGUCGGCGCGGCGGUCGCGGCUGCGGAAGCAGCAGCACCUGGACGAGCUGGUGCAGGAGGUGGCGCGCCUGCAGGCCGAGAACGCGCGCGUCGCGGCGCGCGCCGCCGACAUCGCGUCCCAGUACGCGCGCGUCGACCAGGAGAACACCGUGCUCCGCGCCCGCGCCGCCGAGCUCGGCGACCGCCUCCGCUCCGUCAACGAUGUGCUCCGCGUCGUCGAGGACUUCAGCGGCGUCGCCAUGGACAUCCAGGACGAGAUGAUGCCCGCCGACGACCCGCUUCUCCGCCCCUGGCAGCUGCCCGGCUACCCCGCCGCCGCCAUGCCCAUCGGCGCCCCGCACAUGCUCCACUACUGAUGAUUGCUUGGAGUCAGGCAGGCAGGCAGCUGGGGCUGGUUGGUUGGCAACAAGACAAGAAGAAUUGGCUGCGUCUCUGCACAUGAUCACAUUCACCCUGGCUGCUUUUGAGAAUUAUACAUAGGCUCUACUAUCUGCUGCUGUGUUAAAUCUACCACCUCCUGGUUUCUCUUCUCCAAUAAUUCUUGCUCUUCUGUCAGUGUGUAUGAGAUGAUGCUCAUCUUAUAUGUUAUGUAAGGCUUAAUUAUGUGUCUGGUUGUAACUUCCUGUCUUGUAAUGUUAUAUGAACAAUAAGUGUUAUGUAAUCUUCUACUGUUAAGUGUUAAUUCAGAUCUGAUGAUGUCUCAA